AUGGCGAACAAGUUCGAACACACAAAUGUGAUCACAAGGGAGUUUACAUACCAGUACCUGGAGGAAAUUACAGAUAAUUUUUCUGACAAAAACAUAAUUGGUAGUGGUGGGUAUGGAGUAGUUUACAAGGGAGUAUUGCCCAAUGGGGAAAAGAUUGCUCUCAAAAAGCUCUAUUGGAAGCGGGAUAUUGGUGACACAGAAUUUAGGAAUGAGUUUACUAACCUUAUGAGGGCCCAACAUCGAAAUAUUACCCAGUUGGUUGGCUACUGCUAUAAUCUAAGAGAACAACGUGUUGAGCAUAAUGGUGAAUAUAUUUCUGUUAGUGUUGAAGAAAGAGUCCUCUGCUUUGAAUACUUGCCGGAAAGCCUUGACAAGCAUAUUACCAAUAUAUCUGAUGGACUCGAUUGGAGCACACGUUUCAAAAUUAUUAAGGGAGUCUGUGAGGGCUUAAAUUACCUUCAUAAUGGAUCCAAAGAUCCCAUUUACCAUCUUGACUUGAAACCCGACAAUAUAUUGCUGGACAAGAACAUGAUCCCUAAAAUUGGAGAUUUCGGUUUAUCGAAACUCUUCCUUCCAACGCAAACCAAUGACACAAGCCAAUUUGCAGGAACACCCGGAUACAUGCCACCGGAAUACAUAGAUAGAAGCGAAAUCACAUCAAAGUUUGAUGUAUUCAGUUUGGGUGUUGUCAUCAUACGGAUAAUGACGGGAAAGGAGGGUUUCUCCAGAGAAAUGUCCUCGCAAGUUUUUUUUGAGCAUGUACAUGAAAACUGGGGGAAGCGGCUGCAGGCAACAAUGUCAUCGCUUAAAUUAGAGGAAGUCAAGACAUGUAUCAAAAUAGCGUUGAAGUGUGUGGAGGUGGACAGUGAGAAAAGGCCUACUAUAGCCGAGAUUGUCUAUGAACUAAACCAUGUUGGUACCGCAGGAAGUUCGCCUAUAGAACAGGUCACCAACUCCGGAAGCAAGCAUGCCGUAAACCAAAACUGGAAUUCAGGUAAACAUCUUGUGAAUAUCAAUGCAUCAGCUAAUUAA